GUGCAUCACAUUUACUCCUUUCUCCUCUGUAAAUUUGACUGCGCAGUUUUUUUUUAUUUUUUAUUUUUUAUUUUUUAAUGAACGGGAUGCCCCCUUGAGUCUUUACCAAAUGGCCGGCUUAAAUCUCACUACAUUUUUUUUUUUUUGGCACCCUAAUUAUUUGAUAAAUUUCUUCUAAGAAAACCAGCCAAGAUUGUCUUUUUAGUCAAAUGAGACACUGUUGCAACAGAUGAUAUAUAAGUAUUAAGCUUCAGUGUGGUUGAUUUUUCUCAAGAAAAUAUGGAUUUGGCUCUCGAAAUCAAAGAGAAAGGGUUUCUUUCUCCAUCCCAACAGCCUUACUUUCUCAUUCAGCCACCUACACCUCCUUCUUUCAGUGUCGUUCAUACAGGUGGGUUCAAUUUGAACAACAAGGUGAGUCCAAGUAUAUUGCUGAUUAUUAUAAUCCUUGCCAUUAUUUUCUUUAUUUCUGGUUUGCUUCACCUUCUUGUUAGAUUCCUAUUGAGACCUCAUAAUAGGGAUCCUAAUGAGUUAGAAAAUGUGACUGUCCUACAAGGCCAGUUGCAGCAACUCUUUCACUUGCAUGAUUCUGGUGUUGAUCAGUCUUUUAUUGACACCCUCCCUGUAUUCAAUUACAAAGAAAUAAUAGGAGUGAAGGAUCCAUUUGAUUGUGCUGUUUGUUUGUGUGAAUUUGAGGCUGAAGAUAAGCUUAGGCUUCUACCCAAGUGCAGUCAUGCCUUCCAUAUGGAUUGUAUAGAUACUUGGCUGUUAUCUCACUCCACUUGCCCUCUUUGUAGAGCAAGUUUGAUUCCAGACUUUUCGCGAAAAAGCAAUUGUUCUCCAGUUGUCCUUGUUCUUGAAUCUGGAAGUGAAAGUUCAAGAGAGAUUGUUUUGGAUAGGGAGGGUGGAUUAGACACCAGUAAUUCAGUUUCAAGAGUGAAUUCUCAUUUGAGUGUUCAUUGUGAUGAUGAAUUUAAACAAUCUCAUGAAGAUCAAUUGCCUAACUCUUGUGAAAUUCAAUCAAAGGAUGACGGCAAUCAGAGAUUAGUUGUGGGUUCAGGAGGAAAACUUGUCACGGUAAAGCUUGGGAAGUUCAAGAAUGUUGAAGGUCGAGGUGAAGGUGAAGGUGAAGGUGAAGGUAGUAGUGAUAGUAGUGCUGAUGCAAGAAGGUGCUCCUCCAUGGGGUCUUUUGCUUAUGUAAUGGAUGAAAAUUUAUCGUUGCAAGUUUCCAUUAGAACCCCUAUGAAGAAAAAAUCGAGCAAGAAACCUAAUUUGCCAUUGACACCAGGUCAUAGGCUAGCAUUGUCUGAAUGUGGAUGUGAUUCAAGAAGAGAAUUUGGUGGUUUUGAAGAAUUUAGGAUUGGUGAAAUUCAAGUAGAUGGCAAUGAUAGUAGUAUCACCAGUGGCAAUGACAGAAAGGCCUUUGGGAAAAGCAAGAGGGAAAGCUUUUCAGUGUCAAAGAUUUGGCUAAGGGGAAAAAAGGAUAGGCCUAAUGCAGCCACAGUCGACUCAUCUAGGCGCGCGUUUUCAUUCCGGUUUCCAGGGAACCAGAACAUGAUGGCUACUGACGAGCUGAAGCCCAAAAACGAUGUUCAUGGUGCUAGGAGGAUGAUAUCUGAACUCGACACCAGUAGGUGGGGAGAAAUUGAAUUGGGUUGCCAUAUUGACCAGAGAUGUAACAUCUUGGAUUCUCAAGAAAAUUCUCCAUCUUUUGCAAGGAGAACUCUUCUUUGGUUAAUGGGAAGACAAAACAAGGUUGUUAACUCAUCUUUUCCAUCCAAUGUUUAAUUUUUUGUUUUCCAUCUUGGUACAUUUUAUUUUGUAGAUUAAAGGAUACAAAGACUUCAUUAUGAAGAAAAUCAAAAACAAAUUCAAAAUGUUUGUUAUUUUGAGUGAAUGAGAUGAUCAUCUUUUCCGAAA